AUGGCUUUGUCAGCAUGGAUGGUCGUCCAUGUUAGGGUUGACGGUCAUCCGUUUAUGAUGGAUGGUCGUCCAUUGCUGCACACAAAAGUGGAUGUCAAUCUGUUUAUGAUGGAUGUUCAUCCAUGUUAUAGUGGAUGGCCAUCUGUUUAUGAUGAAUGGUCGUCCAUUGCCACAGGUAAGAGUGGAUGGUCGUCUGUUUAUGAUGGAUGGUCAUCCAUUGCCACAGAUAAGAGUUGA